AUGACGAAACUACCCCUGUCCCUUCUCCUUCUCCAGCCUCCUGCCGGCGCCGCCUCCCCGCUCCGCUCCCUCCUGCCACCGGCGCGCCGCCUCACGGCGAUGUCAGCGGCUACGUCGACGGCGCCGUCGAGCGGAGAGUAUCCUUCCCCGGUGUCCCCGCCCUACCCGGCCGCCUCCAAGGACGUGGAGCUCCGGCGCGCCAUGACCGCCUCCGCGCGCUCCGCCGCCUUCGCCUCUGCGGACGUCGUGUUCGAGGACGAGUGGCUCGCCGUCGUCGACAAGCCCGCCGGCGUCUACUGCGACGCCCUCCUCACCUCCUUUCCUUGCUCUGCCAUUUCAGAGGAUCCAGCAAUUAAACCUAAUCUUCACCUUGCAAACAGGCUGGAUCGUGAUACCAGUGGGCUCAUGGUUAUCACCAAAUGCAACAAAGUUGCUGGGAAGCUAGUGAAGGCAUUCACUGAUCAUAAAGUCAAGAAAACAUAUCUAGCUCUUUGCAUAGGUUGCCCACCGACAUGGGAAAAGAUUAAGAUAUGUUCUGGUCAUGGGCGAUCAAAACAUGGUGCUUGGCGUGUAUAUGCUAUGUCUGAUGUUGGCCGUUCACUGCCAGGUGGUUCUGUUGUAAGGGACAUGAGCACACAGUUUCAAGUUUUAGGGGUCAAUGGUAAAGGGAAGUUUAGAGAACCCAACAACUUUUGCACCGAUGAUAUCGAGUCAAUUACUGUACAAGAAAAGGCAGCUGACCAGACUUGUAGUGGUGAUGUGAACAACAGUGCUAUUUUGGUUAGAGCCUAUCCUCAAAGUGGACGGACACAUCAGAUUCGUCUACACUGCCAGUAUCUUGGUUUCCCAAUCAGAGGUGAUGUGAAAUACGGUGGGGUGAUUGAGUGGAACGGCAUAGAGUGUGAUGGCCAUGCAUUGCAUGCAGAGAGCUUGUCAUUUGUACACCCUAUCACUGGAUUGCCCAUCACUUUCUGGUCACCUCUCCCUUCAUGGGCAAAAGAUUGUAUAUCAACAAUGGAAUAA